AUGGCAGGAGACCCUUCAGUAGCAUUCAUGCAGGAACUACUACCACAGCACCUGAAACAUCAUGCUGAACAACUGAUCUGGUGGCUGAGAGCUGAAUCUGUCUCAUCGAUUUUUUUUUUUAUCAACCUCUUGCUUCCUACAGGAAACUUCCAAAAUUCUUCUUUACUUGGAACUGCAAAUUCUCUGCAGCUCUCUCUUCCUGUGGUGAGCAAUUCAGCUUCUCUGACAGGAAGUGUCUGCGACUUCUCCAGAGUCUCUGCUCCAGCUGCCAGUUCAGCAUGGCUACUGCCCUCAACCUCUGGCACCUCCUUCCAGCCUCUCAUGGGCAGUGCCUACCUUUAUCAGCAUUCUAGUACAGCCAUGGUGUCUGGGGUUACUGGUCAGAACCAGAUCCCCACAGCACCUGCCUCCUAUCCAAGCAUUUUUGAGUGGAAUGUUACAGGAGGUACUGAAAAGAAGUCAUCUUCACUUGGGGACUUUACCCUGACUGUCAUUGAUCAGGACCCAGCAGGUUCCUCCAUGUCUAUGACAGCCCAAUAUGAUAAAACUUCAGAUGCCAAUACUAUCGUCCCCAUGUAUCCAUCACUGUCUGGCAGGCUUGUCCAGGCAACACCAUUUCAGAUUCCAAAUCAGGGACAGAGUCUGUCACUUCCCUACCAAGAAGGAAGCCAAGUCUACUAUUAUGAUCAAAACACUCUGGGGACUCUGCUCUCUGGAGAACUUGGCCCCUGCCUGCAAUCCUAUGGUUCUGUGCCAUAUGCAGGAGGUAGGGCCACUGCCUCUCAACCAGAAAUGGUGAUGGUGCUGAAGGAGGUUCAGCCCACAAAUGUCCUACCAUCAGUCUCUACCCCGGGGAUCUAUUACUCUGUGUCUGCUCAACCUAUCACAGAAACAAAUAGUCAAGUAAUGGAAACUUCCCUAGGGAUGGAGGCUUCCUUGGGAUUGCAACCUCCAAGUCAGACAUUUUGUCUGCCGCCACCUCCAGAAAUCCCCAACUCCUGCAGCAGCAGAAAUAUCCAAAUACUUGAGAGUAAUCCACCAACUGAACUUGGGGACAUAUCAAUUACUCCAAUCCAGAGUUCUUCUGAUUUCUUGAAUCUUCCUCCAACUCCAAGAGAGGAGCAAAUGGAGAGUAAGAAUUUGGAUGAAAUUAACAACAUGCUUUCAAAGCCUCUGGAUGCCUACCAGAUUGCAAUAGAAAACCAGGAUCCUCCACUACUUCCAUUAGAAAUUCCUGAUAUCCACCAGCUUCUGGCCUCCAUUGGUCCUCUGGACCAAGAGGAGAUGCCACUUUGUGAAAAUAUCAAUCUGGAAAACCAAAGUCUGAGUCUUCAGGACCAGGGGUCACUUGAAAAUGAGAUUGACUUUAGCAGCGAUUUUCCAGACCUCGCUGCACUGGUGGACGAUAUUCACCUUCCGGAGCUCUUCAGUUGCUUGAAAGACCUUGAUCCACCUGAGAGUCCCACAAUAAUACAAUCUAAUGAUAUAGGAGCCAUCAUGAUGAAUAAGGGGCAAGAAAUCUCAAACAUCAAAGAGGGUCCUGGAGAACCAGUGAGGAAGAACAAACACAAAGCCUCGGAGCCUCCUGAUGGAACUCCUCAGGCCAAGAUCCAGUCGAGGAACCCAGAGUGCCCAUUAGAGGGAGAAGUUACUUGCAGUGAUGCAGUCAAUAAUAGGUCUCCUGUGCACACCACCCAGCCCUCUAAUGGCAAAUCUCAGAAAGCCGCAUCCAAUAGGAACAGCAGAGCUAAGGGCCACGGGCAGGAGAAAAACAAAAGGAGCAGAGAAAACAGCUCCAAGAAAGCCGAAGAGAGGAAGCAGGCAGGCAAAACACUCAAGGCAGAAGAGAAGCCUACUGCUCCUAAGACAAAGCGGAAGAGGAACCAACCUGAGCUUUGCCAAGAAACCUUCAAAAAGCCUCGGAGCUGUCUCGGCAUGCACAUGCUGGAGUCGGUGCAGGUUUUCCAUGCACUGGGGAAGAAGAAUGAUAAGAAAACUGGGAUCUCUUCCUCCCGGGCCCUGGGCAACUCAGGCAGUACCAAAGACCCCCGUCCAUGCCCAGCUAUGAAACCAUGGCUGGAGGUUAAAGAUCCUGAGAAAACACAAGUUAAAUCCCAGAAACCAGAUGUCGGUGCUGAAAAAGGGUGUCCAUCUUCUUCCCAGUAUGAGCUUCCACCACCUGGGAAGGUUAAAUUGGUACCUCUGCCUUUUCUUACCCCAGAGAAACCUCAACCUCGACCUGCCUAUCGGAGGCCACAGUCUCUGGCCUCACGAAAACCCAAUGUGGCUUACCCUGCUCAGCCUGCUUCUACUAGCUUGGCUCAACCCACGGCAGUCAACCAAUCCCAACCAGCUACUGCCAACCCAUCUUGGAUGCGUCCAGCCAAGCCAGCUCAGCCAGUUUUAAACAGUGCAAUUCAGUCAAGUUUUACCACUGCUACCCAGCCUAGUGUCCCUCCGUCUGCUGCUUCUAGGCCUGCACCCUACAAAACAUCAUCUUGUACUUCUCUCCAGCGGGACCCUGCUUCCACUGUAGUGACCAAGCCCCAACCACUACCAUACAAGCCUCAAAACCAGUAUCUACUCCAAGACUUCGCCUUACAACCAAUUCCAUGGAGGAAACCCAAUGUUCCUGAGCCAGUAAUGUCAACUCCCAUCACAGAAGAGCAGAGGCCAGAGCGGGAAACCAUGAAGAAGAAGGCUCAACAAGAGCGUGAGAAUGCUGCCAAGUACACUGCUUUGGGGAAAGUUCAGUAUUUCAUUGAGAGGGAAAGAGAGAUGGAUAUUUCUCGCUACUAUGGUUAUAUAUAAUAUAAGGGCUCAUUAGAUUGAUGGUGCCAUUUAGGUACCAAAGUUUUACACAUAUAGAUAGAUAGAUAGAUGAUAGAUUAUUUAUUCUCAUAUGUUUUCAAAUUUUAAUAAAAUUAAAGAAAUAUAAUAAAGUUUACUAAUAUAUAAGUAAUAAGCCUUCUGGUACCACUGAGAAUUCAUGGAUAAUAAAGAGGCCUUCUAGUACCAGAUAGGUACCAAACAGUGUUCUACAUAUAUACAUUUAUACAUAGAUAUGAAUUCAUUCAUUCUGACAUAAUUUCAGAAUGUGACAAAGUUGAAUAAAUAAAUAGAAUUGAUUAAUGGGUAAGUAAUAAACAGGAUUUCAGAUACCAUUUGAAUACCAAAUAGUUUUCCACACAUAUAUAUAGAUGGAUACAAAUUUAUUCACUUAUCAGUGAAUUUUUGACACUUAGUAAAGUUGAACGAAGAAAUGAAAUAGAAUUGUUUAAUAUAUAAGUAAUAAAGAGGCCUUCCAGUACCACUGGGGCACCACAUAGUUUUCCACAUAUAUGUAGAUAUAGGUAAGUACAAAUUUAUUCAUUCGGACAUAUUUUCAAAACAAUAAGAUUGAAUAAAGAAAUAUAUUAGAAAUUGGUUCAUAGAUAAUAAGGAGGUCUUCUACUAUCUCUUGAGUAUCAAAUGUUUUUCCACAUAGAUAAAAAUUUAUUCAUUUUAAUAUAUUUUUAAAAAUGUAACAGCAUUGAAUUAAAAAUGUAAUAAAAUUGAUUAAAAAAUAAUUAAU